AUUUAGGGCGGAAACUCUUUUAUGAUAUACCAGAAAUAUUUGGCAUUACAACGUAUCGAACGGUUUUCAAAAGCGGUCAGAGUCAUACGCUUCAUCAAAAAUAAUCAUAAAUAUUUAAAUUUUCAUUUUAGUUGAGCAGAAAAUAAUUUAAAUGCUCCCAAGAUUGCAGCACACCUCGAAGUUUUAAUUAGUCGUCGCAGUCCAACCAACACAUACGAAGUGCCACACGAUGAUGAUACGUUGGAAGAGCAAAGAUAAAAGUUCAUCGAACCAGAGCAGCAGCAACAGCAGCAGUAGCUCAUCAAAGAAAAAACGAAAAGGACGCGAAGGAGAAGAAGACUGGCAAAAUGAAGCGAAAACAGGACGUGUGCCGACUAAUGAGCAAGUGAGCGAUCAUCGGCGCGGCCUGCGCCGAGACGAUCCGCGUCGACACACACUAGGUGGGGAUAUGAUAAUGUAUGCUGGUAAUCAGGGCCAGCAGCAACAACGCGCCAUGGAUCUAGAGAUGAGCACGAGGGCACAAAAGAGCAAAAAGAACAAUGUGCCACGUGGCUAUACGCCCCUGAAUCAAGGACCCUUGUUCGACGAUGACCCGGGUAUUAUGUCCGAGGUGGAAACCGCAAGCACUGGUUUCCGACGUGGUAAUAAACAACGCUCGUCGUUACCGGUAGUUCGCACUCCUUCGAAAACGUUGGAGCGACCUUUAGGCUUAGUAUUUCUGCAGUACCGCUCGGAAACGAAACGCGCACUAUUGCCAAACGAAAUCACCUCAAUAGACACGGUGCGCGCGCUUUUCGUGCGCUCCUUUCCUCGCCAACUGACCAUGGCAUACCUGGAAGGGCCGAAUGUGAAAAUCUACAUACAUGAUGCCAGCAAGGACAUGUUCUAUGAACUGGAGGAUGUUCGUUCACAUUUGCGUGAAAUUCGUGAUCGAUCUGUGCUACGGCUAUUUGAAUCUACAGAAGUAGCUGCUCCGCCACAAAUUUUACCUGGUGGCCCUGGAGUACCACAACCGCUCCCUCAAGUCACGCCCAACCAUUGGGACCAAGACCAGAGUUACUUCAGUGAGCCAGAAUUCGAUUCAGAUUACAAGCAUCAACACAUUCACAAAUCAAAGAUUGGCAAGCAAGCCGCACCGUAUUAUGUGGGCGCCUCACAGACCUUACCGCGCGGCAUGUACUCGUCCGAGCGCACCAAAGUUCCGAUUGAUGGUUACUCCAGUUCGCCGGAACGCAGCACACGUAGUAAUUACGAGGAGCCUUACUACAGCCAAUACGGUACCCGAGGGUCGGUGGUCGCGCCCAUUAUUGACGAGGAACAGAGCGAAGUGGGGCUUGCUGAGGAUCAGUAUGCCGUAUACGGAAUGAAGGUGGGACCAGGAAGAUUACCAAGAUCGAAUCAAAUGUAUGAUUCUGCACGGCCUGAAGACUUGCAUCGAAUACGUGUGGAGCACAUGGAGCGCCAAUUGGCCAAUUUAACGGGACUAGUACAGAAAGCGCUCGUAAACCAGCAUCCACAAAUAGCACCUAUCGCUGUGCCGACACUGGAUCAAAACUAUUUGGUUGUACCUACACAAUGCCAAGCUAACGGGUCGGGAAAUGAUUUGUAUAUAAGAGAAAAAGCACCCAAGUUAGGGAAGAGCUCAUGUCAAAAAUCAGUGUCGUUCGAAAAGUCAGUGUCCUUUAGCGACGACAUACAAGGAAUACCUAAAUCUCAUAGUCCUCAACACGCUGCCGAUACCAAACCAACUAAACCAGCCAUUAAAUCAUCGACUUUACCUCGAACAUCUUCACAGGCAGAGAGGGACCGCCUCAAACCGCCACCACCCCCCAAACCUUUGGUGCUAGCCCAGCCGCAUCAAACCUAUCGCGCCGAUAUCGCACUCGCUCCCGAAGUCUAUAAUCAUUUGCGUGGCCUACAGAAGAAGGCCAAAGACUUGCGCAUGGAGGUGCGUACACUGCGUCGGCUCUCACAAGCGCAGGCGGUUGCAGUGCGCGAGGACAUUAAGGGAACUUUCAUGCGCAUACGAGCCACACUUUUGGCUAGCAGUGGCACCUUCUGGGGCAGUCAUCAAGGAGACCAGGAUGCAACACGGAUUUCACGUGAGGAAGAGCUCUACAAGCAGGAGGUUAUAAGACUGGAGAAGGACCUUAGUGACUUAGAGGCAUCCGUAGAGACUUUGCGUGGCGAGGUAAUCAAUCGGCGCACUCGCGUUAAUAUGACCGCCGUAGAGGAUAUGGCAUUGGUGCUAAGCAGAGCGAGCAAAACAGUUGCGGAGUUAAAAAUGAAAUUUCCCGGACUAUCUAAUGGGCUGCGUUGUAUGCUUUCGAGCGAGAUGGAACGCGUUGUGCGCGAAGAGAAAUUUCUCAAGGAAGAACCCGACAGACUUGAGUCGGCACUGAGACGCUGCAAGAAGCUGACUGGCACAUUGGUGACACUUAAAAGAUUGGCCAGUGUACAAGAGCAACGAUUACCCCCUAACGAACCGCAAAUCAACGAAGAACCACCACGCUCCGCCGAGAUCUCGAAUACAGACAAACCAGUCCCAACACCCAGGAUGGGGUCGUUCGCUAUCAGCGGGGGACCCGAAAACGCACUCGAUGCUCUGCUAGACGAACUGCAGACCUUCUCGAAGCCACUCGCACAGAAUAAUGAGAUACGCCCUGACGAGUCGACAUCUGAUGACAGCUCACAAGCUGUACAAAGCACAGUUACCACACAAAUAUCCCAAGCACGCCUGUACAUCCAAACUACGGACAUAAACACCGUUCCAAUACAAUCACAACCAAUUCCCACCAUGGUCACCGGCAUUGUGAAUACUUUGCCACAUAAGCUAAACAAUAAUGCCGCCAAAGCAGCCACAGUUAACCUGGCCGGUGCUGCCUCCCUAAUGGUGCACACGAACGUUGGUAGUCUUCGACGGCUCCAUUCAUACCCCAGCGGUUCAGACACGGACAUAUCCCCCCCGCAGAAUGUUCGUGCGGUCACCACUAAGCCACCGGUUCCCGAACGCACCGCCGAACUGAUAACGAAAGUGAGCAGCAAACGAAUACCGCCACCACCACCACCGCGCACUAGCUCGCGCAGCCCAUUAGCCAGCCCCACCAACCCGAAUGUGCCACAACAGCUACCAACAGUUAAUGAAACCGAUGUUUUGGGCAACAAAUCAGAUAGUGGUGGCGGCAGUGGCAAUUCGAGUGGCAACGAAUCGGCCAACGACCACGUACAACGGCAGGUGGCUUUAGAAAUGCGUCACCAAGAGUUGCUCAAAAAACAGAAGCUGUUACAGGAACAAUAUCAACGCUUGCAACAGAUGACCAAGAUUUCUGGUGUGGAAAUGGCCCACGCCGAAAAUAACGUUCAACUACAAAAGAUCGGUAGCGAAUCAAAUUUACUGCAAAAGAUCAAUUUCAAUAACACCAAUCCGGAAGAUAAAUUGGAGUCGCAAGACAAUGGCUUGUCAGAGGUUGACAAAACUGAUAAAGCAAAACAGGUACACAAUAAUAGCGUGGUCACUUCGGAUGUUAAGGGUAACUCUGGAAGCGGUGGUGGCAGUGGCAGCGAGAAGAGUGUUGGGGGUAACGGAGGCACUACUACCAAGCAACUAUACGAGACGGAAAUACUAUAACAUAAGCCACUGAUAAUGGUGGAAUGGCAGGAAACUGAGAUCGACAUUUGAGUAAAGCAUAAGAAGCACAAACAAACACAACGCACUGGAGCACAGGUAUUACUUGGAACGCGAUUACCACUGGCGACCGGCAACUGGCAAACGCUGUUGUAACAAAUUUGCAAGUUACGAGUACAUAAAAAUAUGUAGGUAUGAGAACAUAGCAAACUGCACAGAAAGCGAAUGGAGAAGUGAAUAUCAAUGAAGCAAAGAUUCUGACAGUACUUAAGAAAACAUGAAGGGAAAAAAAUGUUAGGCAGCAAUAGGAAAUAUAUGAUCUUAGAUGUCGCUAGGAUUUAAUAAUUGAUAUUCAUAAGUAGUGAUAUAUAUGAAUAUAUGUUUGUAUGUAUUAGUCGGUAAAUACCUUGCAACACGGGGAAGAGAGUAUCUUAAAUCCAACACAUUCCCACACUAACAUUGAAAUGACCAUCAAAGCUGCUUACACACGAGUAUGUAUGUAGAUGCAGGGCUAAAAGCUAACGAGAUUAAAUCGUGAAUUUAUGCGUUGCGGUAGAGAUAAACAAAGAAAAUUACUAACAAAUUAAUCAACUGAAUCUACGGGCCCCACAUAAAUAUUUGUUUUAACCAAUUCCACACAUAUUGGUAAUAGAUCACUGUAAAAUGCAGACUCAUUAACAACAAACUGUUACCAUGCAUUUACAUCUUAGUCACUUUACACAACAUUCCCUGCUGGAAGGACGACAAGUUCCAAGCCAUAACUAAUGCACGGUCAUCCUCUUUAUCACAUAAAAAGUGGUAUUGUCCUGGGAACUAUCAGUUGUCCCUUCGCUGCAUGAUUAUUUCAUUGACCACGAAAUGGCAAAAACAAACUGAGAUCGGAUUUUUUUCCCACUCAGUAUAGGUUUUUGCUGCGAGCCUAACACUUCGUCGCACUUGCAGCAGACACACACCCCUAUGUACUCACAUAAUUAAUCACAUCUGUACACAAGUGGGUAAUAAUGGUAUUAAAACACUUGUCUUAACAUUAGCGUAUAUGGUAAGCUAUUGUACUCGUAGUAUAGGAUACAGCCGUAAGGCUUUAGAUAUAGAACCGUAAUAGCUACAUACACACACAAAUUGAUUUUGGUAUAAUACUUUUGAAUAUGAAAAGAUAUACAUUAAAUACACACAUGCAUACAUAUAUAUGCAUGUUUGUGUAUUAUUGCAAUGUACAGUCGGGGGCUAGAGCUCAAACUGAAUCGAAAUCCAAAUCGAAACCGAAAUCGGAACGAAAAAGAAAUGAAAUUUAGAAGGCGUAAGUUUCGCCUAGUUGUUAUUUAGUUAAUAUUUUAAAGUCGCUAGUUAUAAAUGGUUGAAUAUUUAAAUUAAAUUAUUUGCACUUACAUAGAUAAAGAAGAAUGGAAUGGUCCUACAAGUCCCCGAUUACAAAGUGCAUAUACCACAAAUAAGUAAAAUGCAAUAAAAUUGAAAUUGAACUCAUUCGACCCAUAGAUGUAUGUAUGUACGAAUAUGAAAUGUUAUUUGUUGUGAUGCACUUGAAUUUCAUCAUGAUUUUAUUAUGCAAAAGUUGAGAUUUUAAAUAUGAAUACAUACCAUAUAUAUAUACCUAAGUAUUUUGUUUUUGUUAAAUGUUCGUAUAUAAUAAAUGUUUGCGUAUAUGUUUGUGAGCUUUGGUAAGCCGAUAGUCAAGCUACAGACACACGAAUCACCUAUUCCUAUAGAAUUGAGAAAUAUUUAUGUAAGUGUACGUAUGUAUACUAGACAAACAAACGAAUUACAUCAAAUCCGUAAUUGUAUUGUGAAAGUAUUUAUGUAUUAGCAUAGAGAAGGUAUACUGAGAAAGAGCUGAAGGGAAGAAAAGGUACAGAAAUUAAAUAAAGCUGCUUGAACCAAUGCUCAAGACACCGGGGCAUACACAUAGCACUUGACACGCCUGGAAAGUGAAGAAAUUCACAAAGCGCUUCAAGUGUACUUAUGAGUGUGCAGCUCAAAUAUGUUCAGACAAUGUCCCUAUAAGUUAACCAGAAAUAAUAAACUAAACACUAACGAAAACUUAUCACAUUAAAGCAAAAGUCACGCCAGUUAUAGAUGUACUUAUGUUACUUGAUACAUUUUUUGUUCAAUUGGCAAGGAAAGUGAGACUGAUAGUUUUAUGUAUAUUAAACACUUUCAAAUAAACCAAUGAAAAAAUAUUCACAUUUUUAGAGUUCUUAUGAAUGCAGAUAUAAAAUAUGAUUCAAAUUUUGAAUUUUAACUAAAACAAAUUACAUAAAAGAAUAAGUGAGGCGGCAAUGAUCCCAUUAAGAACUCAAAGCACAAUGUGCUGAAAAGAAAAUGGUUGAAUGUUGCGCUUAAAUCGCGGAAACAUCACACUUAAAUACUUUUAAUCGGAUUCAAUCGGGUUUCUAGUUUAUCCUCCGUCUUUCUCAGCCAUUUUAAACAAAGCAUUGCCGCCGCUAAUCACAUAAUCGUGGAAUCAAGGCAUAACUAAUAUGAUUAAAUCGAUAGCUAAUUAAAUAAACGAUAAAUAAGUAUUAACCCUACCAUAUACACACCAUUCCAUUCAGCAGUCUCUACGUCAUUAAAUCUCCAGAAUUAAUUAUAAAAAACACACACAAGCAAACGCAUACUCACUUAUGUAUAGAUAUAAUGAAACUUCUUGUUUUUAAUCACACCGAAUAUUCGAGCUACCGCAGUAUGUUCGAACGGAUGGAGUAAUAAACUUAUUGUAAUUAUUUCACCCAAUAAUUGUGAAGAAGUGGGCUUCAGAUUCAGGUGCAAGCAAAACUUGAUAAAACAUCUUAUAUAUAUAUGUAUAUUAUGUAUAAGUACAUAUGUAUGUAGGGUAUAAUUUAACGUUGUGUGCCACGAAUAUUCAGUGUGGUUAUUUAGUAAGACUUAAGAUAUCCCAAAAGUAUGUAUGUAUGUGCCUAAUUGACGUACACAAAUUUAUGUAUGUAUUUGGCUAAGAGCACUAAACAUAUGUGAAAUUAACUAAAUGAUGCAAGUACUUAACAUUUUUCUUCAUAAUAAAUUAAAUGAAUGAAAUCGUA